CAGGAUUACGCGUCCAUCCCAUCUAUCUACGCUUUGUUUACGUCUCCGUGUAGACAAUCGAUGAACACACGCAGAUAUUGCAGAGGUUCUCUCAAGUGCACGAAGUCUCCACGAACUAAAGCCCGGUUGCGGAAUAUUCGCCAUCGGGCCGGCCGGAUCCUUAUCAAUAAUCAGGUUCCCUUGUCAAAAUUAUCUUAAUUGCCGUGAAGUGUCUGAUGAUUGGUCGAUCCAAUAAGUCAGAUGGAUGAUGGAUGUUACCACUUACCUACUGCUUUGGGGUUAUAAGUAGUUGCACGCCAGCUGCAACUGUACACACCACCAAACAACAGCGAAGAUGAAGCUUGCGCUCUCGUUCCUGCUCCUGGCUUCCCUGCUCGUGGCCGUCUCCUCCUCCUCCUCCGCUGCCGAAGAAGAAUUCGACUUCUUCUACCUCGUCCAGCAGUGGCCUGGAUCCUUCUGCGACACGCGGCAGGGCUGCUGCUUCCCGGACGACACGGGCAGGCCGGCGACGGGCUUCGGCAUCCACGGGCUCUGGCCCAACUACGCCAAGUGCAAGACGGCCUUCAACGACGAGCCCAACGCCGCUCCCGGCCUGGAAUCGGCCAUCAACAAGCGGAGGAAGAAGAAGUGCUGGCCGGAGUACUGCAACAACGGGGAACCCUUAAAGCUAGGUCAAAUCGCGGACCUGCUGGCCACCCUGAACGCCAACUGGGGCACGCUGUCGUGCAAGAACAAGAAGAGCUUCACGUUCUGGGCCUACGAGUGGAAGAAGCACGGGACGUGCUCGGGCCUGGCCCAGCACGACUACUUCCAGGCCGCGCUGCGGCUCAAGGCCCAGCACAACCUGACGGGCAUCCUGGCCCAGGCCGGGAUCGUGCCGUCGGACGACAAGACGUAUUUCCUCAGCAGCAUCAGGGACGCGAUUAAGGAAGGGACGGGGUUUAAGGCUAAUCUGGAGUGUAACAGAGGGGUUGGUGGCGAGACGCAGUUGUUCCAGGUUUACCAGUGCGUGGAUGUGAGUGGGGAGAAGCUUAUCGAUUGCCCGCUGCCCAUGCAGGGGAAUUGCCAGGACCGGGUUCAGCUGCCGGCUUUCUGAUCGAUGACGAUUAAUCGGUUUUAUUAGGUUCGUGUUUUUUUUUUUGCGGGUGAGGUUCGAGUUGAACCCUGCCACCAAAUAAAGAGGCCUCCCAAAUAAAUGGCCGUCUUGUGUAUCGUUUUACCCGGGAUUACAAUGUGUUUUUAUAUUUUCGACAGUGUAAUAGUGGCCGAUCAUGAGAAUGAUAGUUUUAUUUUUUUCGGCGAGUAAUAAUCUCGUUUGGACAGUGCCAUAGAGAACCUUCGGAGACCGAGGGCAUGUCUUAGGCAAUCCAAGGGAAAUUUAAAUGGUUACAUUUCUUCGGGUUUUUUGUGAA